AUGGUAGCUGCAGUCAUCUUGGCCCUCGCCGUCGUUUCGGAAGCCGGAAUCCUGCCCUAUGCCGGCUGGCCAUACGGCCAUCUAGCGGCCCCGACCGUCAUCCAGUCGAACGUGCUGGCCCAUCCGUACGGUGCGAUCUCGCAUGCUGCCAUCCACGCUGCAUAUGCGCCACAUGCCGCCAUCUUGGCCGCACCCCAUGCCGCCAUCUAUGCCGCACCGCACGCCGCCAUCCUGGCCGCCCCUCAUGGUCCAGCUGCGUCGGUGGCCCACCAUGCCGGUGUUGUCCCCGGAGCCACCUCCGUCACCGCUACCCGAGGUGCUGUGCAUGUCGCCCCUCUGCCCGGACAUGCCGUCUCCCAGCAGCAGCUGAACCUGGCCCCGGCACCGGGCACGAUCUAA